AUGUCAUUAACCACUGGUCUUCCUCCCAACUGGACCAUCAGAGUUUCCAAAACUCAUGACAAAGAAUACUACC